GUGUGAACAGCAAGCUGCGUACAGCUAAGCUCUCUGAACCGAUACUGUGCUGCCUCGAGUUUCUCAUAAAUUGCAAUGGGUCGAUUUCCUCUUGGUGGGAUGUCACCGCAGAUCAGAAACAGUUUUGGGGGGAGCUGCGACUCUUUGAACUUCUACUGCACAAGUUAUAACACAUCUUAUGGUGAGAGAGGAAACAGAGGGGGUGUAAUAAGGACUGCGGGAAGGGAACAGUGUGGUACAGAAAGAUUUGGGAUAAAUGGGGUACAGUUGGGGUGACAUUUUAAUCUGUUCCACCAAGAAAUGCAAGAUUUGCGCCUAUAUUAAAAUAUAAACUGUGUCAAAGUGAGCAUUCAAAGUUCUCAUGUUUAAUUCAAGUUUUUUUAAUAUCAGUUUUCAUAAAUAUGAUAUAUAGAACAUAUAUACGGUGUUAUUUACUAAAGUGAAUAUCCUAUAGAAAGCGUAAGUAACUGAACUGUAGCAUAGCAACGUUGGGUUUAUUCCCCACUAUGGUUAUAUUAGCCUUACAUUUCAAAUUCCCUUUAGUGGAAAACCCUGUAAGGUUCCUUAUAAAAUGUAUUCUGUGCUGCAGACUAUGUUUGUGCUAUAUAAAUACAUAAUUACAGGAGUUAGAACAUUUGUAUUGUAAAUGUAAACUAAUCCAUGUUUAGGAUCCAAUUCUGGUGUUCUAUCAAAUUUCUCUACCCCGUGAAAUAUCCGAGCACCGGCACUGUGCGUCCUUGCUGCAAAAUCCCUUUAUUCUAUUACUAUGCCAUAAAAAUUGAACAUUACGGAACUCAUAUAUUAUGAAAUGGUGACGUUUUAUGGCGUAGUAAUAUAAUAAAGUGAUUUUGUAGCAAAGACCCACAGUGCCGGUAUAAAUUGGAUCCUUAUAUAGAUGUGUUAUAUAGGGUGUUCAAAUUAUUACAUAGUUGAAGUGCAGAGCUACCUUCCAGGAGAUAUAUAUUGUCGUAUUUCUCCUCCUAGUGGAAUUAUCAUAUAUUACAAUUCUGGUGUUUGAUCUUAUUUAGGAUCUUCACAAUUUGUACCUGGUGGUGUUCCACAGCAGGGUGUGCUCACCCACCGAAACACAGGAUAUCAGUCAAACAUGCGUCCUGCUGUCUACUACUCACCUAACCUUGAUCGCAAGGACAACCCAAGUUUAGGGUAAGCUUUGAGCAUUUCAGGUUCUGCCUUUGGUUUACCUGUUUACACAAUAACACCUAUGUCUUUUCUAUUUCUGGCCUUCUUCACAUCAUUAAAGUUUUUAUUGAUUUCAUUAAAUUCAUGCUCAACCUUACAGUUUUAUUUAACAGUUUGCCUCCAGUCAGUGUUAGCCAUUUAUUCUGGGUGGAUUUGUUGACCAUCAUGUGGGUCUUCUAAAAUGUUACUUUUGAUCUCCUAGAACCUCUCUUGCCUACAGUAUCAUUCCCUGUUUUAUUUCCUAUUUCUCACAGGCUAAUUCUAAGAAAUAAUUAUACAUCAAUAACCAACAGAGAUUAUCACCCUCAUCAGCUGCCAACUGGCACCGAGCCAUUGUCUUCCACAGCUUGCACCGGAGAGAGUGGUUACAUUAAGAGCAACUCUGUCACCAACCCCAAAUCCAGAACUGUGAGUUUUAAGGGGGAGAUAAAUUGUGUGUUUGUCAGUGCAUUUAUUGGCUUAUCUUUGCUCUAAGGGCAUAACCGUCUUUACACCCUCUUUGGUUGGAAGCACAACUUGUCCAAACAAAAACUAUACAUGCAAUGAAAACCUGUGUAUUCAUCCUUCUCUCAGAGAUACAAUGCCUCGAUCGGACCAUUUGACUUCUUUGAAAGAAUAUUCUAGACCAAGAAACGUUGUUUUCAAGGUGUAAAAGCGGUCACUGUAGUCAGAUCUCACUCCACUAGGACCAUCUUGAACUUGACCUGAUCUUUCCUCCGAGGUCAUAUGUAAAGGGUAGCUACGUGGUCCGUUAAUUCCAUAUUUGCUAAACAUUACCACGUAGACAUCUCCUAAUCAAUUUCCCUUCUUUUAUUGGCUCUGGCAUUUCCCAUUAGUUUAUGCCAUCUCUGACCUCGAAAACAGAAGAUUCUUACUAUAAGUGCCCGACUCUUUUUCUGACCAUUUCCAAUGGCAUUGAUGGGUAUUUCCUUUCCAUUGCGUUCGUGGGCGUUAUACUAAAGCCAUGUGUCUAGGGAAGGAGAGCUGAUAUUUAAAUGUAUUAAUUAGUUAAUCACUUCCUGUAUUAAAUGCGGAGAGUAAGGCAUUAAUCAAUUAGUGUUGUCACUGUGGGAAAUAGCCAGAAAAAGAAAAUUAAAGUUUGUUUAAUGUAGCCCAACUAAACCGUAUGUUGUAUGCUCCAUUGAAACUGAGCUAUCAAAUUAUACAGACUGUGUAAUAAUAGGAUGUAAUCUGUCCAGAACUGCGAAAUUCUAAGGCUUUUAUACCGAUUUGUCAUUUUGGUUUUGAGAUGGAUCACUUCAUUAAUGUUUCCAUUCAUUUCUAAUCUAUAUUUCACUCUCUAGCUACUGGCAAACUGAUAGUUUUAUGAAGGGCUGUAAUGUUGCCAUAAAUAAAUCAAUCCGUACAAAUCAAAAUCUUUUUAAUCCACACCCAAACAAAUCAAUUUGUUCGAUAAAAUAUUAUUUCUCGUACCGAUCGAUUCGUUUAUGGAGAAAACAGAUUUAUGCUCAAGUCUAUAGUAAUGGUCUCGUGACAUAAAUAAUUGACAGAAUGUUUGGUGGGAUAAAGCCUGCAGAUAAUUGCUAUGAUAUCUAUAGCUGUCAUGUUUAUUGUUUUCAAUGCAUAAUGCAGGUCAAGUCGGUGUACUUUGACACAAAAGAUCAUGGAGCAGGAGCUAUGGCUGGCCUCAUUCCACGACAUCAACCUCUGCUGUUUGCAAACCAAGACAAAAAGUCUCCAGAGACUGAGAACCUCAAACAUGUGAGUUCUGCAAAGUUUUCCCCAAUGCUUUUUGUCCCCAGUGCCUUCGCCUUACACUCAGACAUUCUAUAUAAGCAAUGUGUCAGUUUUCCCUUACACUCGGACAUUCUAUAUAAGCAAUGUGUCAGUUUUCCCUUACACUCGGACAUUCUAUAUAAGCAAUGUGUCCGUUUUCCCUUACACUCAGACAUUCCAUAUAAGCAAUGUGUCCGUUUUCCCUUACACUCGGACAUUCUAUAUAAGCAAUGUGUCCGUUUUCCCUUACACUCGGACAUUCUAUAUAAGCAAUGUGUCAGUUUUCCCUUACACGCGGACAUUCUAUAUAAGCAAUGUGUCAGUUUUCCCUUACACUCGGACAUUCUAUAUAAGCAAUGUGUCCGUUUUCCCUUACACUCGGACAUUUUAUAUAAGCAAUGUGUCCGUUUUCCCUUACACUUGGACAUUCUACAUAAGCAAUGUGUCAGUUUUCCCUUACACUUGGACAUUCUAUAUAAGCAAUGUGUCAGUUUUCCCUUACGCUCGGACAUUCUAUAUAAGCAAUGUGUCAGUUUUCCCUUACGCUCGGACAUUCUAUAUAUUCAAUGUGUCAGUUUUCCCUUACGCUCGGACAUUCUAUAUAAGCAAUGUGUCAGUUUUCCCUUACACUCGGACAUUCUAUAUAAGCAAUGUGUCCGUUUUCCUUACACGCGGACAUUCUAUAUAAGCAAUGUGUACAUUUUCCCUUACACGCGGACAUUCUAUAUAAGCAAUGUGUCAGUUUUCCCUUACACGCGGACAUUCUAUAUAAGUAAUGUGUCAGUUUUCCCUUACACUCGGACAUUCUAUAUAAGCAAUGUGUCCGUUUUCCCUUACACUCGGACAUUCUAUAUAAGCAAUGUGUCCGUUUUCCCUUACACUCGGACAUUCUAUAUAAGCAAUGUGUCAGUUUUCCCUUACACUCGGACAUUCUAUAUAAGCAAUGUGUCAGUUUUCCCUUACACUUGGACAUUCUAUAUAAGCAAUGUGUCAGUUUUCCCUUACACUCGGACAUUCUAUAUAAGCAAUGUGUCAGUUUUCCCUUAGACUCGGACAUUCUAUAUAAGCAAUGUGUCCGUUUUCCCUUACACUCGGACAUUCUAUAUAAGCAAUGUGUCAGUUUUCCCUUACACUUGGACAUUCUAUAUAAGCAAUGUGUCAGUUUUCCCUUACACGCGGACAUUCUAUAUAAGCAAUGUGUCAGUUUUCCCUUACGCUCGGACAUUCUAUAUAAGCAAUGUGUCAGUUUUCCCUUACACUCGGACAUUCUAUAUAAGCAAUGUGUCCGUUUUCCCUUACACGCGGACAUUCUAUAUAAGCAAUGUGUACAUUUUCCCUUACACGCGGAUAUUCUAUAUAAGCAAUGUGUCAGUUUUCCCUUACACGCGGACAUUCUAUAUAAGUAAUGUGUCAGUUUUCCCUUACACUCGGACAUUCUAUAUAAGCAAUGUGUCCGUUUUCCCUUACACUCGGACAUUCUAUAUAAGCAAUGUGUCCGUUUUCCCUUACACUCGGACAUUCUAUAUAAGCAAUGUGUCAGUUUUCCCUUACACUUGGACAUUCUAUAUAAGCAAUGUGUCAGUUUUCCCUUACACUUGGACAUUCUAUAUAAGCAAUGUGUCAGUUUUCCCUUACACUCGGACAUUCUAUAUAAGCAAUGUGUCAGUUUUCCCUUAGACUCGGACAUUCUAUAUAAGCAAUGUGUCCGUUUUCCCUUACACUCGGACAUUCUAUAUAAGCAAUGUGUCAGUUUUCCCUUACACUUGGACAUUCUAUAUAAGCAAUGUGUCAGUUUUCCCUUACACGCGGACAUUCUAUAUAAGCAAUGUGUCAGUUUUCCCUUACACGCGGACAUUCUAUAUAGCAAUGUGUCAGUUUUCCCUUACACUCGGACAUUCUAUAUAAGCAAUGUGUCGUUUUCCCUUACACGCGGACAUUCUAUAUAAGCAAUGUGUCAGUACACUCAGACAUUCCCAUAUAAGCAAUGUGUCCGUUUUCCCUUACACUCGGACAUUCUAUAUAAGCAAUGUGUCCGUUUUCCCUUACACUCGGACAUUCUAUAUAAGCAAUGUGUCCGUUUUCCCUUACACUACAUUCUAAGCAAUGUGUCCGACAUUCCAUAUAAGCAAUGUGUCCGUUUUCCCUUACACUUGGACAUUCUAUAUAAGCAAUGUGUCAGUUUUCCCUUACACUUGGACAUUCUAUAUAAGCAAUGUGUCCGUUUUCCCUUACACUCGGACAUUCUAUAUAAGCAAUGUGUCAGUUUUCCCUUACACUCGGACAUUCUAUAUAAGCAAUGUGUCAGUUUUCCCUUACACUCGGACAUUCUAUAUAAGCAAUGUGUCAGUUUUCCCUAACACGCGGACAUUCUAUAUAAGCAAUGUGUCAGUUUUCCCUUACACUCGGACAUUCUAUAUAAGCAAUGUGUCCGUUUUCCCUUACACUUGGACAUUCUAUAUAAGCAACGUGUCAGUUUUCCCUUACACGCGGACAUUCUAUAUAAGCAAUGUGUCCGUUUUCCCUUACACGCAGACAUUCUAUAUAAGCAUUGUGUCAGUUUUCCCUUACACUUGGACAUUCUAUAUAAGCAACGUGUCAGUUUACCCUUACACUUGGACAUUCUAUAUAUUCAAUGUGUCAGUUUUCCCUUACGCUCGGACAUUCUAUAUAAGCAAUGUGUCAGUUUUCCCUUACACUCGGACAUUCUAUAUAUUCAAUGUGUCAGUUUUCCCUUACGCUCGGACAUUCUAUAUAAGCAAUGUGUCAGUUUUCCCUUACACUUGGACAUUCUAUAUAUUCAAUGUGUCAGUUUUCCCUUACGCUCGGACAUUCUAUAUAUGCAAUGUGUCAGUUUUCCCUUACACUCGGACAUUCUAUAUAAGCAAUGUGUCAGUUUUCCCUUACACUCGGACAUUCUAUAUAAGCAAUGUGUCAGUUUUCCCUUAUACUCAAAAUCCUUUUCUUUAGGGAGUGUCAGGAUUUUACCUGGGGUGGAGUCUGAAAUGCAGAGAUGUACGCUCACCCUUGCAGAUACACACAGCCCACGGUGACAGACAAUAAACCACCUGGGCAGUGAAUCUGUGCAAGGGGGGCUUGACAGGAAAAGUGCUCUAAUACACAUUGCAGGCAAGGGCACAAGCAAAAGGAUUGUCGAGAUGGAGCCGUGGUCAGAGGAUGCCAGAGGUCAGAAUAAACGAGGAGAGGAGCCAAGAUCAGAAGCCGGGGUCAGUCUGGAGAAUACAAACUCAGGAGACAAAAUAGCAGGAACCAGAUAAAUCUACUGGAAACAAUAAACUGACCAUGGCCUUAUGGAGAGGCAGUGUUAUAUACCUGGGUAAUAAGCAAUCUGCCUCAGGUGGACUUAGAGUGACAGGUAGCAGCCACAGAUGAAGUCCAGCCCCCUAGUGCUGCAGACAAGGUCAGGUUAACAGGGCUAGAACCACACUAAUAGAAUAGAUUCAGCUUUGGCUCAGAGGCAGGAAAACAAGUCCAGGACACAGAAGGGCCCAUCCAUGCAUCCAUGCCAUACAUACGGUCUUCUUCUAGAUUCUUGGAAUACAAAGCACCUACAGUGGCCUUGGAUCCCAACUUCCUUUUUUUCUGGGACUUAGGUGUGACCUUUGUUUUAGCAGUUCUCACAGGGCAGGCGUUCGUAGCUUGCAAUGCUUUCUUGAACACUUCAAGAUCCUGCUUUUGUAGAACUGUAGAAGCAUUUGUGCAGUCAGGUGACAGAACUUCAUUGGCAAGGCAGGAAGUGGUGAUUGUGGUUGCUUGAACAGAUGUUUUGUCAGGAAGUAGUGAAGACGUCGCUGGAGCAGAAGGUGGAGAUUUCUAUGGGGUACUGUUUACGGGUUCUUGAGAAACACUGGUAAUGUUGAUUACCGUAGUCUGGGUACCCUUUUGCGUCACAGAACGUGGACAGGUCUGACAGCAACCAUGGCAGUUUACAGGCUGUGUUGCAGGGAUGGCAGGGUGGAUUCAAAGAGUACCCAAUUGAAGAGCCUUUGGCCAAGGUGGGCGAGUUGGGCAGAGGGAGAUAAAGUACCCUCUUUCUCCACAAUAGAAACAAAGACCAUGGCCUCUCUUCCGGUCUCUUUCUUCAGGAGGCAACCUAGUGCGGAUGAAGCUGAUCUUCAUGGGUUCCUCCUUGUCCCCUUGAGUUUCAAGGCUUACUUAGGUAAAGUUAGGUCCCUGAAGGUAGGCUAGCGCUGUAACAAUAUGGAGUCAUUGUACUCGUAUGGGUUUUUCUUUUCUCUAGGUACCCGAGAUCCACGGGAACCUGGAGCAGGCUUGGGAGUACCUUUCUUUGAAAUAGAGCACUGUAAGUCUAUCACAGUCAUGAAUGACUCCCAGGUGUCCAUGACAGCACCUUUUUCUUGCAGCAUCUGGUAUGCCCACGCCUUAAUCCAUCCAGAAAGCAAAGUAAUAGUGGUGCGAAUUCUGACAAAGUCGGUGGAGUAGGCUCUGGGCUUUAAGGCAAACAGGAGUUCACAAUCCAUUUUAAAUGAUGUAAAGGAGGAACGGGAACCAUCAAAUCUGUCAGGCAUAAACAUAUAGGGCUCUGGAUGCGCAGAUUCAAGGGUUGGGCGUGCCGUACCUUUAAAUGCCAGUAAACCCCCUGCAAAUCCAGAACAGUCUGGGACAGGUUGGACACUUGCUGAGCAAGGGAGGUAAGCAGUUUGUACAUCUCUGCGAACUCCAUGAGGUCAGUUCAUUAUGUCAGGAUCUUACCUGGGGUGGAGUCCGAAGUGCAGAGAUGUAUGCUCACCCUUGCAGAUACACACAGCCCAAAGUGACCAGGCAAUAAGCCACCUGGGCAGUGAAUCUGUGCAUGGGGGCUUGACAUGAAAAGUGCUCCAAGGCAGAUAGUUCAUUAGCAAGGUAUUUAAACCUGCUUCUCCAUGAGAAGAGUUGGGCCAACUCUCCCCUGUGCACAGAUUCACAGUCCUGAUGUUUUCUAAACUUAUCACCUUGGACUAUGUUUAUCUGCAAGGGUGAGCACAAAGCUCUGCCUACCGCUAGCAGACUCCCACCUCGGGUAAGAUCCUGACAGAGACAAAAUAGCAGGAACCAAAUAUGUCUACCGGAAACAAAAAACUGACCCUGCCCCAGGGGCGUAUUAGCCCCGAGGCAAACAAGGCUUUUGCUUUGGUCGGCAUUUUCAGGGGGCGGCAAAAAACGCCGCCCCCAAAUGCCUAGGGCAAAUGCCUUGUUAGCCUCGCGGCUAACAGACAUGCCGGGCAGGCAGCUGGCGAGGGAGCUCUUCCUGUGAGCGGUCUGCUCAGCUCCCUCGCGUGCGCCGCAGAGUGAGGCUGGGAGCCGGAAUAUGACGUCAUCUUCCGGCUCCCAGCCUCACUCUGCGGUGAGCGAGGGAGCUGAGCAGACCGCUCACAGGAAGAGCUCCCUCGUCAGCCGCUCGCACAGCAGCCAGCGCUGCCCAGCCCGACCGGCAGCCACUGGACCACCUAGGGCAGCACAAAACCAGGAUACACCACUGCCCUGCCCUCAUAGAGAGGCAGUGUUAUAUACCUGGAUAAUAAGCAAUCUGGGGAGGGGGGCGGGAGGGGAACCUAUUGUCCUCCCCCUGGGCCCCACCCAUGUGCGGAGGGGGCCCCUGAAAGACAAUAGGGAGUUAUCUACAAAGCGGUUGCAAGAUGCAUCCGCAGCACGAAUCGGAAUUUAAUUCUUUAGAAUGAAAUUACAAUCUGAAAAAAGUCCCGAAUUGCGUCCUAACACGAAUGGAGAAACUGUUCUCAUUCUGUUAGGACGAAAUUCGGUAGAUUCGGGAAUAGUGAAAGGAAGCAUCGCGAGAUCACUGAGGAAAGGUGAGAAUUGUGGGAAAUUGCUCUGACCACCUUAAAUGAAGCACACUUUGCUCCUCCGCUGGUCAUGCGUACAUAAGACAAAUUAGUCCCUACUUUGUCUUAUGUUUUAAAGAUAACUAGAGCAGACAGGAAGAAAUGAAGAACAGAUCCUGAGAGAGGGAGGGAAGAGGAAUCGAUUAAGGAAAGGUAAGUUCGGCAUGACUGUGCCGCUUUAAUGAAAUAUUAGGGUUCAAAGUGAACCUGAGCUCAUUUUAAUCUAUGUAUGUAAUUGAGACUCACAUUGGGGUUUAUUUAUUAACCAAACCAGAUUACACAAUCUAGGUCCACAGUGCAUGUUUGGAAACACCGUCUAGCUUUGCUGUAGUCACAGUUUGGAUAUUUAGCCUGAAUUUUGCAAUUAGAUUUUCAAUUUACGACAAUACCCUGUUUAGUGAAUUAGUCUCUUACAAUCUAGAUCCAUCCCUGCAUCCAGUGCUUUGAUACCCCACUGUGCAAGACUGAUAUGUUUAUAAUUUAUUCAGGAGAGGUGGAUUAAAAACGUACUAAAGCAUGUGAGGCCAGUCCGGUGAUUAAAAUGCUGAUUUGUAUUAUUAUUAUUAUAGGGACCAGCAUUUAUGUCUACAGAAUACAAAUCCAAUUUUCUGACACGGACGCCACGUGAAGGUGAGACCACAGUAAUGGAAGACAUGGUCAGUAAGCAGAGAGUAUCUUUAGAUAAGUGAACCCAACAUAUAAGGGUUAAUAAAUCCCAAUAAAAUGUAGGAUAUUGGGGUGGCCAGAAAAGCAGGUCCAGUUUAGAACUAUCAGCUAAAUAUUUUAAAUAUUAUAUUAAACAUUCUCCUACCAUCACUUUUCCUACACACAGAGAAUUAUUCCGUUUGCCUCAGUAUGAAUACAGCUCCCCAAAUGGAAAGAGUAAGACAUAAAUAGAGAGACCCUAUCUUGUCAGAGUGUGAAACUCAUGUCAUAUAUAAAAUAACAGACUUCCCUAAUUAAGCCAUGUUUGUGACAUUACGUAAUACUACUGGUGAUGCCUGUUAAAACGUUCUAAUCUUUUCCUACAGGGAAUCUUUGUAGGACUGUUACAGGAGCCACGGAGAAUUCUGGUUUUACGGAAGGAUUAAACAUGGAGCCAAUAACCUUUGGCCCACCUUCACAGUAUCGGGUUCCGGUAAAGCAGUUUCUAUAUGUUCAUCCAUCUCUGAAUAGUUUUAACACAUUAAUCUUCCAUCACCAGUCUACGUCCAACUCUACUAUACAAUGCACCAAUUAUUAUGACAAUGAGAAAUCCUCUUCCCCCGAUUGCCACAUUUUAUUGCUGUAACCCAACAUUCUUUACUAAUGGUUUUUCUAAUUUAAUUUUUCUUGAUAGAAAGGAUUCCACCGCUUGAUGGGACAAAGUAUCGCAAAGACAGAUUUCCUACCAUCACCUACUAUGCAGGUUAGAUAUUUAACAAUUUUAGAAGGGAAGUAGAAGUUUAUGUAGAUGAAUGUGAUUGGGAAAAUAUGAGUGAAUUAAUCAGAACCAAUACGUCACAUACCUCACAGAAUGAUCCCUUAUUUUUUUCCCUGUUUUCAGAGAUCAAAAUGUUUGGAGUGAUGUCAAGUGGAAAAAAUGUUUGCUAUGAUUAUUUGCUCACAAUAACACACCUAGUAACGUGCUUAAAAUUUAGAAACGGUUUUGAUCAGCUGGCAUUAAUACUAUACUUUGAUAUUAUUUUUAAUGAUUUUAAAGGGAUCCCCAACUGCCCAAACAAAAAGAAAAUUAUGACAAUGACUGUUUAGUAGAUAUACCCACAUGAAAAUAUGAAUACAUAUAACUAUGAAUUUGUUUUGUUUUUUUCAUCGGGGUUAUAUCUAAAAGCUGCAGAUCUUUUGUCUGCAGCCUUUGCAAGCCCUCCUAUUCUAACCCCGCCCAGACUUUCUGUGACUGUCCAAUCACAGACUUCUCAAUGCAGUUCAAUGAGAAGUCUUUGCAAGGCAGGUGCUCUGGGCAGUUGUCUGUAUCAUGAGUUUAUCUCCACUGAGCUAAAUAAACCAGGAAGUAACAGGACCAGGUGUCUGACAGCCAGGGGGUGUAACGGGACCAGGUGUCUGACAGCCAGGGGGUGUAACGGGACCAGGUGUCUGUCAGCCAGGGGGUGUAACUGGACCAGGUGUCUGACAGCCAGGGGGUGUAACGGGACCAGGUGUCUGACAGCCAGGGGGUGUAACGGGACCAGGUGUCUGACAGCCAGGGGGUGUAACGGGACCAGGUGUCUGACAGCCAGGGGGUGUAACGGGACCAGGUGUCUGACAGCCAGGGGGUGUAACGGGACCAGGUGUCUGACAGCCAGGGGGUGUAACAGGACCAGGUGUCUGACAGCCAGGGGGUGUAACGGGACCAGGUGUCUGACAGCCAGGGGGUGUAACAGGACCAAGUGUCUGAUGUUAAUUUAUAAAAGUGCUCAUUUCUAUUGAGAGCUGGACUUUCUGUAAAAAAUGGCCCAACUCUUACCAUAUAAGGCGCCUCUGCAAACUGAAGUGUUAGAGGUCUAACCUUGCGGGCCACAUCCUGCAUUAUGAUCUAAUCUCUGCAACAGAAUUCUAUCUUCUUUGUCAUUUUAAAAGAAGAGUGGCAUGGGCUUGUGAUGAAAUGUAAACUAAUACUUAUCAGAAGUGUAGAUUGGUUUAAUAUCAUGUAUUAAAAUGUUACGUAUUUAUGUUUUUAUCUCUACAUUAAUUAUACUUUUGCAGUAUUAUAAAAAAGUAUGAGUUCCCUUCUUGUCUUUUGAUGCCUCAUUGCUUAUUGUCUAGACCAGGGGUUCCCAAAGUGUGGGUCACGACCCACUGGUGGGUCCCCGGCGGCCCUGGAGGCGUGGGUCAGAGACAAUAAUCAAUGAGGCUGACCCACGCCUUCAGGGCCGCCGGGGAACUGCGAGACAGUCAGGCAGACUGAUUAGUCAGGUCCUUGGUCCAUAACCGUGGGCCCGACACCAGGAGGGUGCAGAGCUGCAGACAGUGUGAUAGUGGUCUCAGGAGCACCCAGAGCGUUACCAUGGCAACACUCUAUCACAUGGUCUGCAGCUACCCCCCACACUGUAACUCCUUCUCACCCUGCCCCCCUCCCCACACUGUAACCCACCCUGCCCCCCCACACUGUAACCCGUUCUCACCAUGCCCCCCACACUGUAACCCGUUCUCACCAUGCCCCCUCCUCAUACUGUAACCCCUUCUCACCCUGCCUCCCGACACUAUAAACCCUUCUCACCCUGCACCCCCACACUGUAACCUCUUCUCACUAUGCUGCCCUCCUCACACUGUAACCAACUUCUCACCCUGCCCCUCCACACUGUAACCUCUUGUCACCAUGUCCUCCCACACUGUAACCCCUUCUCUCACUGCCUCCCCCCCACCGUAACCCUUUCUCACCCUGCCCACCCACACUGUAACCUUUUCUCACCCUGCCCCCCCCCCCAUUCAUUCAAACACCAUCACACAAAAGCACACCUGCAUUUAAGUCCAACACUACAUACAAACAUCCCUGCAUUCAGACACAAACAUUACAAACAAGUACACCACUACAUUCCAAUGGCAACAGUACAUAAAAUACUCCCAUACACGCACACGUAUACUGAAUACAAAAACAUGCUUACAAUCAAACACUCAAACACUGCUCACAAAUAUAACUCUGCAACGAUGGGCAAGUGGUAAAUCCCCAGCUGGCAUAGCUUUGUUGAAGUUCUCCGACAGAUGGAGAUCUACCUUUUGGCCACACUUGCACUAGAGGGGAGCUCAUAAAACAUACUUGCACCAGGGCCCUCUCUACAUUAGUUCCAUCACUGGGAUAAUCAAUGUGAGGUGCCUGGAUGAGCAAGACACAGAACUUCUGAUUCUAAAUGAGUCUGUGAGUAAGCAGUUGUAUGUCUCUAAAACUGAUUGCCAUGAUGUGCAAAGUUUCUGCCUCUAAAACUGCCAUGAUACCCAAAAUUAUGCCUCUAAAUCUGCCAUAAUAUCCCAGAAAUAUGCCUCUAAAACUGCUAUUAUAUGCCAAUUUUAUGCCUCUAAUGCUGAUUGCCAUGGUGUGCCAAUUUUAUGCCUCUAAAGUGGAUUGCCAUGGUGUGCCAAUUGUAUUUGUCUAAAAUUGAUUGCCUUGGUGUACCAAUUGUAUUUGUCUAAAAUUGAUUGCCAUGGUGUACCAAUUGUAUUUGUCUAAAAGCUGAUGUGCCAACUUCAUGCAUCUAAAAUUGAUUGCCAUGGUGUGCCAAUUGUAUGCAUCUGAAGCUGAUUGCCAUGGUGUGCCAAUCGCAUGCCUCUAAAGCUGCAAUGAUGUGCCAACUUAAUGCAUCUAAAACUGAUUGCCAUGGUGUGCCAAUCUUAUGCCUCUAAAGCAGAUUGUCAUGGUGUUCAUUUUUAAAAUAUGCUUUAAAAGCAUGUUGGUCUCGAAAAUUACUGUUUUCAAAAGUGGGUCUCGGCCCAUAAAAGUUUGGGAAGCCCUGGUCUAGACUUUACCAGAAUAGAUCCCUAGGCAGAAUUAAUUUGGUAAAUGUGGGCAGUAUAUAUUAAUAUACAUAUAUUUAUUAAAUUUCAUAACAGAGCAGUUCCUCAGUUCAAUGGCUAAUUGCAUGGUAUCAAUGACAAUCAUGAUGAAAUAAAAAUGUUUGUUGAUUCACCAAACCAAAAACUGUAUUAACUGAAAACCCAAAAUGUUUAAUUUAGGUUAAAAAUUCUGAUUCUGAAAAAAUAUUUAACAUGGAUAUUCACACAACUUGGCUGUUUUAUUCUAUGUUUUACUUACCUUAUUUCUCACAGAAUGCUGCUCCACCUCCAUGGCUAAGAUGAUCAGUUUCAAUGAUCUCAGCCAAUCCUUUUCUUCCCCAUGGGGAGAAUUGGGAGGCUAGUGCGCAUGCACCAAUGAAAUGGUCCUCAGGAGAGUCCUUUGAUUUAUAACCAAGGUUGAAUUGGUUAUAGUUGCGGAAGUGUCUUUAGUGGCUGGUUUCCACGAGAGGCAUAUUAAAACAUUGCUGUUCAAAUGGCAAUGUUUUCAGGUGGAGGGUUAAACAGACAAGGACAUUGAGAUGACGUUGUCUAGGUACCUAUAGAGUCACUUUAAUUGUGAUAGUGUUUUUUUUGUGUACCUCUAUUUUAGGGCUGGGAGCCACUUCCUGCUUUGGCCCGUAAUUCAAAUCGAGACAGCGGCUUCUCCAGAGAUACCGAUAAAGUGCAGAAUAUAAGUGUGAGAUACAGUUACUAAUUCUCUUAUUGUACUAUGAUCCUUUCUUAGAUGUUCAUAGGGAUCCUGAAACCUUAUUGUUUUUUCUAAUUUUUCCUAUUAUGAUACAACCCUACCCCAUUCAAUAUACUGUGUUUUAACUCUGCUUCUUUUAUUACUGUUCAAUAUACGCAGGCUCCAUUUGAUGACUCAGGGACUGGUGACAACAAGAGACAUAAGAACGAACUCUUGGGAAGAAUGUAUGUUGGUGGAAAGGUUAGUGUAAAAAACAAAUGAUGUUAAAUUACAAAAAAAUAAUUAUAAUACCAGAAACUUGAGAGGAACAUCUCUCUUAAAAUAUUACACUCACUGAACGUCUAUAAAUACAACACUCAGGAACACAAAGUCAUUGUAAUACACAAUACAUAAAAUACACAAGUUUGUCCCGUCUAGGCCCCUACGCUCUGCUGAAGACUUACGUCUAUCUUCUGUCCGUACUCCCACCUCUGAUGUUCGCCUUCAAGAUUUCUCGAGGGCUGCACCGUUCCUGUGGAACUCGCUUCCCUCCUCUGUUAGAUGCUCACCCAGUCUCCACUCCUUCAAAAAAGCGUAUCAAUUAAACUGUUAAUAGCUCCUGACUUAUUCCUCUUCUGCAACUGUCACUAGUCUAAUACUAUCCUUACCUUUUUGUGUCAUUUUUACCCCACUCCGUCUAGCAUGUAAACUCAUUGAGCAGGACCCUCAACCCCUCUGUUACUGUGUCACUAUACCCCACUCCCUCUAACAUGCAAUCUCACUGAGCAGGACUUCAUUCCCUCUGUUACUGUGUCACUUUACCCCACUCCCUCUAGCAUGUAAGCUCAUUGAGCAGGGCCGUCAACUCCUCUGUUUCUGUGUGUCCAACUUGUCUGGUUCAACUACGUUUGUUCGUCCACCCACUGUAAAGCGCUGCAGAAUUUAUUGGCGCUAUAUAAAUAAUAACAUAAUAAAAAUAAUAAUUGUAGCAAUUAUUUGUGAUUAACUGUUUGUAUAUCACUCCAGGAACUAUCUGGAUUUAGUCUUAAUAACAAGGAAUAUGUGAUGACAAGGAACCAGCCACCAGAACAAUACCUGACGAACUACAAACACAGGUACUAGUGUCCGGCAUGCUAGUAAAAGAGAUGGAGGAGAGUUCUUCGUACAAUGAUCAAAACCUUAAAUCUCAGACUCUCUUUCCUAUUCCAGAAGCGUUGUCCUGCAAUCCUGACUCAUUACAAGUUACUUCUUGUACCUGCAGGAAAUUUCCAUACCCCGGUCAAUUAAUUUCAAGCUACAGCAGACUCGAUGCCUUAUUUAAAAAUACAAUCUCUAAAUAAAAUAAAGAGGGUGUAUGGGGGUUCCCACAGAAUACCAUAAAGUAGGUGGCCUUAUAAAUAAUCCCCCUUCUUCCACAAUAGUGAAUGACACCACCUAUUCAUCCACCCUCCUAAAUAUGAGAUUAGGGGUCCCUACACCACCCAGGUCCCCCGAUUACAGGACUAUGGAAAUUAAAUGGUAUUUUUUGCCACAACUGUAAUUCAAUUGUCAUUUCUAACAGGUAUUUUGUACUGCAACAAAUGUUAUAUUGCAUAUGAUUGUUUUCAAAAACAUUAUGUGUCUUUGACACUACCAUACCUUUAUUUAAAACAUAGGGGUAACAUUUAAAUAAUGCAUGUUACCCUUGUAGCAUCUUUAAAGGAAUAUUUUUUGGAGGAGCGUUUCAGUGUAAAUGGAAAAGGAAAGACUUGGAUCCUAUAAACCCGAUAAAAAUGACUAUAGCAUGACGAGUAAAAUCCAUCCUGCUGGCCUGCGUUUUAAUAAACCAUAUAACAUGGCUGGUCUUCUGUCUUCUAAUUAAUUACAAAGCAACUCUUUUUAUUUUAUUUUUUUUAAUGCUUUUUCUGUCCUCUAGAUUUAUUGACCCAACGCCCACCAUGAGUGAUCGCGAGGGCUGGACACGUGGAGGCAUCCAGUCACAGCAACACAGUGGCUUCUCUGUUAAUAACGAGGCACAUAUCAUUGGUUUAUGAAAAGGAUUUAAGGUAGGUCCAAGAUGGACACUGAUAAGAGUUGCCCUUUAUAUAAGAAGUACUACCCUCUCUAUUACAGCUUAAUAUAUAAUUUUAUUUCUGGAGAUUUAUUUAUUUAUUUAUUCCAUAUCCUGCAGAAGAAAAAAUAUAGCAUUCAAUGGGUCACAAGGAUUGAACCACGGAAAACAUUACCUCCUCCUUCAAUCAAGUGCCUCUUCAUUCUCAUUGAAUAAAAUAAUUAAAUAAUCUUACUGUAUUGGCCGGUAAAUUGUAUAUGUGUAUAUGGUUUAAAUUACUAAAGAACUGCCUAUUAUAGAGGUUGAUCACACAUAUCGGUCAUAAAUAGUAGGCCACGUUUACAACCAAUAAAUGCGAUCUACUUCUGUUUGUGAAAUACAACAUAAUUCAGGGAGCAUUACUGGGUCAGUGACCAAGAGUGUCUCUCCUUCUUCUCGGUGUGGAAGGGACUAUGCAUAAAGGAUUUUACUGAUCCUCUUUCGGAAGAGUGUGGUCAAGAGUUUGUAUUACCUAUUUCCUAGCGAAAUGUUCCAACUUAUUUAAAAUGACCAAAAUUAUUUAUACAAGAUGAUGUUUAUUAAAUGCAAAGCCUGAUAACUUUAGUGAUGUAAGAAAUCCCUGAAAGACAAUACAGAAAAACAAAAGGAGAGGACCCAAUCCCAAUGACAUCCAAAACAAGAGAAGAAGUGCACAUCGAGAACACAAAGGGACUAAAACGAAACUUACGGACAAUAAUAAACAAUGAGCUGCAGGAAAAGGAGACACGUAAUGAGUGGGAGGCGGACUUAACGUUAAUAAAGAUAAAGAUAAAGACAGAGUCAGGAAAAACCAAGGUCAGGAAUAUGAAAAUAUGGAUUAAUGGUUAUUGGUUAUUACUCAUUAAUUAAUUAAUAACUAGCUGGGUCAGGAAACCAGAACUACACAGAAUCAAAUACAAGUCAAGGUCAAUAUCAAAAUAUGCCAAGAGCAUUACUAUGAGAACUAACGUGUAUCAGGGCAGAAACCACAAUAGGGCAGUAAACAAGGGCCAAAAUUAACUUUAUAUAGGCUAUCAAUGUUUAUGAUUGGUCCACAUCAUCUCCGCGACUCCAAAACCAGUAAUAAUGGGGUCGCCUGGAUGACAAGGUCACUUUAAGGGAGGGCAUGACAUCACAACAUUUGAAUAUACAAAAGAUGCGCCUUUCAAACGGGCAGCAUCUAUUAUAAUGCAGGGAAGAGGACUUCAUCCCACACAAACCAGCAGAGGGAGAAGCACAGGCAUGUCCGUGACACAGUGAUAACCAUGGGAAGUUACACCAGUCCCACAACAUGGAAAAAAAUAUCCAGGGUUUAAAUCCAAGUAGUGACGGUGCCCUCUUACGAUACCAGUGAUAUUCAAAUAUCUGUCAUAUUCAAGGAACCAAUAAACAAAGUGCACUCAUGCACAUUAUAUAUAUUUUCCAUUGUGGAUCCCAUUUAACCUGGGGUUAAAAUAGGAUACCCCUCGCCCAGGUUGAAGUGUGGCUGGGAAAGUAUUUAAAUGGAUUAUUAAGAGAAUUGUCACCUCAAACACAAUGUUUUUAAUAUAAUGAUUAUAUUGAAGCAAAUAGAAAAAAAAGUGCGUAAGGCGCUUCUUCAAUUCUGUAAGAGUGGCAAAUAAAACGUGUUCCCCAACCCUCAAAAGAAUAAUAAUACUACACACAUAUAAAAUAUACCAGUUAAAUAACCCUUUGUGUCUCAGUGCAAAAAUGUAAACAUAAAUAUAUACUUAGUAACACUGAUAACACAAACAGAAAACUUAAAAAACAAAAUAGGAAAAGCACAUAGCGUGAACUGUAUACACAAAUGCAACUGUAGAUGAAAAUAGGGGUAUCAGUCACAUGACUCCGAGUCGUAUCAGGCUCUGUAUAAGAGGCUCGAGGGUGCCACUUUUGGCUACUUGAUCCACUUCAUUAGGAUGCACUAUGGAAAAUUCAGAUGGUUCCACAAAAAUACUUUAUUGAGAUUAAAAUAUACACAUAUAAAAUAAACAGCUAUAUUGUAUUGUUCAGAUGGCUUCACAAACAUAUCAAUAUCAAGAUUAAUAUAGUAGUUUAUUAUAUUCUCAAUAAAAUAUUUUUGUGGAACUAUCUGAAUUUUCCAUACUCCAACCAGAACAAAUACAAUAAGCUAUAGUGUCUCUGUUUAUAAAUUGUGCAGAUAUCUGGCCAUGCGUAUGACACUUAUGUGAGCUUUCUUUUACAUGAUGAAAUGUCUGUUGCCGACACUGAUUUUAUCAUUACACAAAAAAAAAAGUAAGAACUGCUUUCUCAGAUAAAUAAAACCUGACAAUGUGCUGAACUUAAAGCGUUCAGUUACCGUCGCCAAUCUAAUUUACCCACAAUCCAUCAGUAACAUCAAUCCCACAGAAGGGAAACCGCGGACAUCAAAGACAGAGGGGAAUAACAUGGCUGCUCCCACAUACUGAUAUCCAGCACAUGGAAUAAAAUAUAAUAUAAACAAAGACAAGUGGCAAGGAGGGAGUAAAAUCAUUAAGAUACAGGGACAUAAGGAAAGGAAAAAAGAAACAAAAAACAGGGCCUCUUUAAAGUGACACAAACCUGCAUUCCUAGCGCCAUAGUGUCCCUCUCCCUACGUCUAAAUAGCGGCCCCCGACUUAGAAUAAAAACCAUAAAGAUUAACUUACCCUUUUUCCAGCACAGCGACGCCCUCAAAAGUGCUCACCUCUCCUCCUGCGGCGUCAUACAGGAGGCAGGGCCUCUUUCUCUGAGAAUUGGGGUCCUAAUGCGCAUGUGCGGCAAGCAUUCAAACUUUCUCAUCAAUGCUUUCCUAAGGGAGUUUUUGUGUCACGUGACCAAGUUUUUCUGUGUCAGUGCAGUGCCCUCUAGUGGCUGUCAAACUGCCACUAGAGGACUUAAAUGGAUACUAUAUUGUUAAGAAUACAAACCUCGUCUCUCUCGCGGCACCCCACCCUCUCCCCCCUGGUCAAAAAAAGGUUAAAAAGCAUAAAUUUUAGUUUUCCUUAGGAUUAGAGGCAGUGCGUGACAACAGGGAUUUCUCUAAUCUGGAGGGAAAAACAGGCAGGCAUACUCCCGGUAACAGCUUUAAGAUCCUCCACCAACUGCUCACUCUAACUAAUCAAAAGGUUCCAGAAAAUAUAAAAGCCGGGUGAUUGCAAAAAUAAUUUAUUAAAUAAUGGGGAAUGUGUGCACUGCUUCAAAUCCUAAGGAAAAAUAUAUUUACGGUAAGUAAAAAAUAUGCUUUUCCCUUCAGAUUAGAUGCAGUUCAUCACAACAGGGAUAACCAAGCAAUCCCUAAGGGCGGGAAUUAUUUAACCACCGCUUGCAACCUAUAAACCGUGAGGAGGUAUAGGCUAACCCAAAUUAUUCUUUGAUCCAUCUGGCCAGAGAUGCCAUUAGACCUUUUUCUUGCACAUUGAAACAGGACAAAUAGUCUGUUUGACUUUCUAAAGGAAUUUGUACUUCCUGAGUACUGCAGUAAUGCACGUUUAACGUCAAGGCAGUGACAUUUUCUUCUAAAGAAUUAGAAGGAUUUUGGCAAACAGUUGGCAGAAUAGACUGAUGUUGGCUUAUGAGCAAACUUUCAGAAUAAAUGAUGAAUCAAGCUUCAAUACCACCUUGUCUUGAUGGAAUAUCAGUAAAGGAUAAUCCGAAUUCAGUUCUUGAAGUUCACCCAAAAGCUUGGCCAAAGUAAUUGCCACUAAAAAGAAAGUUUUAAAAGCGAUUAUUGUGUGAGUGAUGCCAUACAAACAAAUGGAUUUUCACAUAAUGCAGAUAAAACUAGAUUAAGAUCCCGUGGUGGAACAAUCUCCCUAAUAGUUGGAGUGAGAUGAGACAAAGCCUUGAAGAAUCUUGAAAAUAGAAUAUUAUUAGUAGCCAGGUUUCUGAACGAGAAGAAACUAAUGGCAGAAAUUUGAAUCUUGAGAGUGGCCGGUUGAAAUCCUUUAGCAAAGACCAGUUGUAAACAUUUGGGGAUGUUCGGAAUGGAUACUGAAAACGGGCCUUCUUUUAUCUUGGAACACCAAGCACAGCAUGUUUUCCAGGUAAGAGAAUAAAUAUUGGAUGUAGAAUCUUUCUUUGCAGACGUAAGAAUUUUAAUAAUUUCAGGAGAUAGACCUUGAGAUUUCAUGAUUUAGUAUUCAGUAACCAGGCCGUUAGGUUGAAUUUCCGCAGAGUCGGUAGAGGAACCAUGGAGUGAUAUUGCAUAUCCACUGACAGAGGAACUAUCCAAUAAUCUGUGUUCGGGAUUGUAACGGAGUAGCCGUAUAAUCCACGGUAUCUCCGCUGGUAGUCAGGAUAAAGCAGGUAAAACACAGGCAGCGUAAUAAUAAUCCCUCUUCCCUAAGGACUAGAAGACACAUAGUCUGGGAGCCAACUGUCAUUUUAUUCCACAUGAAUGUACUGUUACUCACAUUAUUUCUCCAUACAGCAAAAUAUACAGUUUUACAUAAAAAAACCCAUAACUGAUAUAAUAUUCAGACGAAUGCUACACACUGCAUAUAAAAUGAGCAUAGCAACAGUUAACAAAAUAUUCACCCUAAGUGUCCAGAAGUGGCUAGGUUUGCCACAAUGCUCACCAGAACCAAGCCGGCAUACACAGUGUGAUCCUAACGGAUUGGCUUGUGGAUGUCCGGAGUACUACCCAUACAAAUAGGGUUGCAGAUUUUUAAGGGCCCACCACCACGCUGAUCUCUAGGACACGGCUGAAGGUCCAAGUAGGUAUGCUAAUGUUCUAAUGUUUUCCCUGUGCCCGUCUGGGCGAUACCAAUAAGGUCUGUUCCGUGCAGUAUAACUGGCCAAGGCUGGGACUGAAUCGGGGCAGGUUUUUUAAACCCGGCAACUUUUAACGCACUCAUUACUUCAGGAAAUGGACUGAAUGCAUCUUCAAAAUUCAAAAUGGGAUUGGGAAUGGAUCGCUGUCCAUUUUCUUUUAAAUCAUUGCACAAUAUAUUAUUAUUUUCUUUUGUCCACUUUAGGACUUCAUAUAUCGCUGCUUGUUUAUUAGCAGAAGCCCAGUCAAUUUGAACAAACUGCUUCUCUGUCACACGUGGAGGAGUGGUGCUCUCUGGGGAAUCAGGGAUUUCGCUGUACUCAUAAACAGCUUCUUUUCUUGAACUUUUGACAAGAUCAUUUAUCAUUUCCUUUGCUUUAUCUUGCUGAUCCCUUGUGCCAAAUAAUUUUACCUCAGAGUCAUAGCUAUCAUUUACAAUUUUUAUCCUUGCACCAGAUAACUCUUCGAGUUCCUUUUCUUAAGCUCCUCCACGUCCUAUGACCAUGCCGACCAGUGAGCUGUCCAGGCGGAAACACAGCGGCGUACUUCCAGGACUCUCUGUUCCUGGGCUGAUCGCCAUUCCUCCUGGAUCCUUCCUCUGCCCAGCAGCUUCGGCCACCUCGGCCCUGCCCUCCGCCCCAACCUCUUCCAUUGCCUGCUCCCUGUCUGUAGGAUUGUGGCCUGCUAAUGGGAGGUGGUACCCAAGGCUCACACUCUUCCUCCCAGUCAGACAUGGUUACGAUGUUCACUGCCCCACGGUUCGGCACUGCCUGAUUCUUGUCUAUACGAUCUUUAUAUACCUGCAGGGAAGGAUCUAGGGCUACCUCGCUGCCAAAUUCUAAGGGGGCAUCCCAGGGGAGAACAGGAGUGGUGUGGGGCAGAUUGCCUACCUGAGCCUCAGAGUGAUCGGAUGGAGCCGUGGUGUGGGCCAGCUGUCGAGUAACAACAGGGUAUGCUUCUUGGACGGUGGGUAGGGGAACAAAGGCGGAUGUGAGCUCCCCCAAGUCGUUGCCCAAGAUCAAAUCCUGCAUAAUCCCCACCUCCACAUUCCCAUGCCCCGCUCCCCAAUCCAAAUGUACCUUGGCAGUGGGGACUUUGUAAAUUGCUCCCCCUGCCACUCGAACAGCCACACAGUCCCCAGUGAGAUUGUUCUUUGGAACCAGAUGAUUCCGGACCAGAGUCAAGGUGGAACCAGAGUCACGUAAUCCUUGUAUACUCUUUCCCUCCAUGUGUACCACCUGGUGGUGCCCCUGCCGGUUGUCUGAGGCGGCUUGUAUGGGGUUCACUUCGUGCAGGGUUCCCAGGGGUUCUUCUACGGAUAUGGCUGUUGUGUGUGGGACAAAGGAUUCUUUUUGGUAACAGUGUACCGCAGCUCGGUUAUGGGGUGGUGGCCCCUGGUUAUGCCAGGUUGGUCGGUUUCUGUUCCGUCGGCAAUCUCUUUGAAUAUGUCCUUGCUGAUUGCAGGUAUAGCAGCGGGUUGGCGGUCGUGUAUUAUACCUGGGAGGGUACGAGUUGUUGCUUACCCCUGGUCGUGGAUGGGCCGAAGUGGUCACUGCUGGAAGAGGGGCGGUAGAUCCAUAAGCGGACCGGUGUUGCCUGUUGUCUGUGGCUUGUACCGACAUCACAUCGUGUAGCAUUCCCAGGGGCUCUUUGGUCUGAUUAAAAAAGUAUCUCCUGGGUUGCUGGCUCCGCUUGGUAGUGGUGGGCGGCUGCUCUUGGUGCUGGAUUCUGACGUACCUGGUUCCAUGUUUGGCGGUUCCGGUUCUGGGUACACUCUCUCGCCAUAUGGCCACAUUGUUUGCACGUAUGGCACUGUAUAUUCGCUCUGCCAGUAUACCUGGAUGGUGGAGUGUGCCCCCCUGGGUUUGUCCGGAAUGGGUUUGCUGUAAGUGCAGUAGGGGUAGCUGUAUGAGGUUGAGCGGUGGGUCGAGGGUACCCUUGGUUGAGGUUACCGUGAUGCCUCCUGGCAUCAUAGUACUGGUCUGCUAGUCUUGUAGCUUCUGUUAGGGUGAGGAGUUUUCUAUCUCUCACCCAUUCCUUUGCCUCUGGGGAUAGGACAUUGAAAAACUGUUCUAACAGCAGCAAUUGCCGUAACUCCUCCAUGAUGGUUGCUUGACUGGCUUGUAUCCACCCCUGGGAGGCUUGGUCCAGUUUGUGGGCCCACUCUGCGUGGGAAUCUUUCUCUGGUUUGCGCAACCCUCGAAACUUGCACCGGUAUGCCUCUGGGGUAAUGGCGUAUCUUUCCAGUAUAGCCUGUUUUACCCGGGCAUAAUCUUUACUGUCCUCCCUGGGUACAGCCCGAUAUGCCAUGACAUACUCCUGCACAUCCGCCAUCAGUACUGUCAGUAUUUCCAGGGGUACUGGCUGGGGUAAAAAUUCCAUCCUGGUCCUCAUUUCCUUUUGGAAGGGGGUUUCUUCCAUGGCUGGUGGGAGUGUAACGCUGCGAGCUCUGUCUCCCUCCAUCAAUUCAGCAAUCAGCACAGCUUUUGGCUUAUUGCUGGCUAUCUUACCCCUGGCUUCCAAUAGUUCCUUUAACGUCUGCUAUUUCAAUGCAGUGUAGUCUGUCUCCAUUCACCUCUGUGUUCGGUUCUUAGUUGUAUCCGAAUUGCCAUUCACUUUCCUGUUCGGUAGUUUCAAUUACCCAAACACCGCUUUUCGGCUGUAAGGUUGGAUCCCGUCGCUUGCCACCAAUUGUAGCGGAGUAGCAGUAUAAUCCACGGUAUCUCCGCUGGUAGUCAGGAUAAAGCAGGUAAAACACAGGCAGCGUAAUAAUAAUCCCUCUUCCCCAAGGACUAGACGACACAUAGUCUGGGAUUCAACUGUCAUUUUAUUCCACGGUCACAGUAUUUAUGCAAGUCCCCAUGCAAGGGGUUUCCUGAAUGACAUUGCAGGGGUUUUACAACAGAGGCCUUGCUGUACAGGAGAGAUAAUUGUGCAAGAAUGUACUGUUAAUCACAUUAUCUCUCCGUACAGCAAAAUAUACAGUUUUACAUAAAAAAAAACAAAACAUAACUGAUAUAAUAUUCAGACGAAUGCUACACACUGCAUAUAAAAUGAGCAUAGCAACAGUUAACAAAAUAUUCAUCCAAAGUGUCCGGAAGUGGCUAGGUUUGCCACAGGGAUGUUUAGGAGCAUGGAGAACCAACUCCUUCUUGACCACCAAGGUAGAAUUGCAAUUAUCUUUGUCAAAUGUUUUUUAUUGAAUAGUUUAAAAGUUAUUAUGAUACAACUUUUCCAAAAGAAAAAAACAUGUGUCAUAAUAUACAUUAUAACAAAUAUUAACAGGGAAAUGAACAGUAUAUUUAUCUAGUUUUACAAAGAACAGUAUAUAACUACAAUAAAGUCUUUAAAAAAAGAUAACAGAUAUCUUCAAAUGUCAUAAGCUAAAUAUGACCUUUCUAUUCUUCAUAUUUGGUCAGGUGAGACAAUGCCUACAAAUUAUACAGUCGUCUGAACUUUCUUUCUCACUCUUCCCAUUCAUGUCUCUAUAAUAGAUAAUAUUUGUUUAAGAUGUUAUUCUUAGUGAUAAUUCGUAUUUUCAGAGUGAGUUUAUAACUUUCUUUAUGUCUGGAAUGAUGAUUGAUUUCCAAUGUCUGAGGAUAGCUAUGGUGACUGCUAUUAAUAUGUAGGUUAUUUGGAAGUUUUUUUGAAAAGGCAAAGUGUAGGGGUUAAGUUACUUAUUGAAUCAUCUAAGAGUUUGAUCAGAGAAUGUAUAGAUUUCCAAUAAUUUCUCAAUUUAGGGCAAGACCAUAGUAUGUGAGAUAAUGAUCCUACUUGACCACACUCCCUCCAAAAUUUGUUAGUGUAAAAUAAUAUUAGUUUGAAUAACUUGGUGUGAGGUACCACCUGUGGAGAAUUUUAAAAUGAGAUUCUAAACAAGAAGCACAUUGAGAAAUACCUUUUAACCCCUUAACGACGCUUGACGAACAUUUUCCGUCAAGGCAGACCUACUGUUAAGGACGCAUGACGGAAAAUUUACAUCAUUUACUAAAGUUAACCCCAGCUGUGAUUGCUCUGACAGCCUGUGUGAAGUGUGAGGUGCAGGGAAACGGUUCAGCAGGGAUGGUCUCCCUGUGUGAAAAAAAUAAAGUUAGUUUAAAAUACCCCCCUUUACCCAUUUAAAAUAAAAAUCAACCCCUUCCCUGCCAAUUGAUCAAUUGGCAGGGACUACAUUUUACUGUGAUCUGAUUUUUCUUUUUUUUAAGCCAUGAGGGAUAACUUUUAUUUUUUUUUAACCCUCAGGGGUUAAAUUUAUUUCAUUAAUUAAGUUAAAUAUUUUAAAUAUAUAUAUUUAGCUAUUUGGGGUGGAUGUUUGUGAGGUAUUUGGGAAGUUGGUGUUUGGCUAGCUAAGGGUUGACGUUAAAAAAAAGUUUUUAAAACAUAUUUAAAAAGUAAAAAAAAUGUUUUAAUAACAUUUCAAAAAAGUUAUAUAAAUCCCACCCCUUUACCCAGUCCUAAUAAAACUUAACCCCUUUCCUGCCAGUUGACCCUGAGGGUUAACUUUUAUUUAUUUUUCAGGGGUUCAAUUCAUUUCAUUAAUUAAUUUAAAUAUUUUAGCUGGGGUGGGUGGGAGUUAUGGGAAAUUGGGGAAUUAAGUGCUGCUUACUGCUAUUUAGGGGUUAACGGUAAAAAAAAAGUUUAUACCAAUUUUAAAAGUUUUAAAAAAAAGUUUAAAACAGUUAAAAAAAUGUAAUAAGUAAAAAAAGUUGAAAAACAAGUUUUAAAAAGUAAAAAAAAAUACAUAAAAAAUGCCUACACCUACAAAUGACUACCACUACACCUGGAACACACUUGCGAAAAAAUGAUCCCACGCUAAGGUUCAAAUUAUGCCUUUUGAAAUACCCCAGGGUGUAUUCUUUAAAAAAAAUGUAUGCAUUUGGGGGGAAGUUUGAAUAACCAACCAGCUAAACUACUCCAAAGUGGAACAUGGACACAGCAUAAAACUUCAAAGUUUGAAAAAAAAACCUGAAUGGCUGAAACGUGCCCCUUUAACAUCCACAUAUACCUGGCUCAAAAUAUGGUUCAAAAUAUGCCUUUUAAAAUACCCUAGGAUGUCUUCUUUAAGAAAUGGUAUGCCUUUAUGGGAUAGUUGGAUUAUAUAGCCUGCUAAAAUACUCUAAAAUGGGACAUGGACACAGUGUAAAAAUUCAACGUUUGAAAAAAAACUGGAAUGGCUGUGUCUCAAAUGUGCCCCUUCAAUAUCCACGUUUACCUGGCAAAGGUACAUGCUGGGGUAUUGCUGUACUCAGCCGACAUAGCUGAGCAACAUAUGAAGUAUUACAAAGUCGUAGCACACAUAAGGUUUGCAAAAUAUACUGUGCAAACUCACUUUGUGAUUCAAAAAGGCAGAAAAAUAUGCUUAUUACCACUACAUCUGGUACAAGCUAGCGGAAAAAUGAUCCCACGCUAAGGUUCAAAAUAUGCCUUUUGAAAUACCCCAGGGUGUAUUCUUUAAUAAAUGGUAUGCUUUUGUGGUGUAGCUGGAAUAUGUAGCCUGCUCAAGUGCUCCAAAGAGGGACACGGACGCAUCAAAACCCUCCAUGAAAAUUCACACUUAAAACCCUGAACAGCACUGUAACUUCACAAAAUAGUGUCUAGGUCAUACAUUGGGCAUAUUAUUUUACUCAGAAGAUGUAACUGAGCAUAAUUUGGGUAAUUUUAUGACAGUGGUACAUAUCAAGUGUAAGAAAUACUCUGAAAAAGUAUGUAUGUAAAAAUCCCAUUUUUUUCCCCCUCAUCACAAACAUUGACAUAAAUUGGUGAAAAAAUUGUGACACGUUAAAGCAUAAUAUACACCAUAUACAAUACCCUGGGGUGUCUGCUUUAUCAAAUGGAGGCCCUUUGUGGGAUAAUUUGAACAGUCAAACUACAUAAUACCCCAAAAUGAGACAUAGGCCCAUCAUAUCCAUCUAUGAAAAUUCUAGCUUUAGAAACUGAAAUAGCCUUGGCUCUUAUAUGGCAUUGUAGCUUCACAGAAUAGUGCCGAAGGCAUACAAUGGGGGUAUCGUUGUACGCAGCAGAUGUAGCUGAACACAAUAUGGGGCAGGAAUAGCACACACCAGCUUUACGAAAUACACAUUACAAUAACCUUGUUAUAUGUGUAUAUGCCAAAAUAGAGAAAAAACACAAUUUUACUCCAAUAUUUAGCAGAGAUUGGCGAUGAAAUGGUUACGUAAAAAGUGUCAAAAUAACCUUAGGUAAAUAGCCUGUGAUGUCUACUAUAUAUAAAUAUAUAAUUUUGUGUGGCAAUUUUGUUUUUUGUCACCCCCUCUCCAAUGUUUUGUAACUGUUUGAAUUCCAUAAAAUGUAAUUCCACUUGGAUCCUGGUUAUGGUGUUCUAAAAAAUGUAGGGAAACACUAUGAGUUUUAAAUAGUUUCCUAAUGUUAUAUAUGUGUUCCCGCACCCUCGUGGCCACACAUCUAGAUGUUUUGCCUACAUAUUGUAGACCACAGGGACAUUCUAACACAUAUAUCACAUUUUUAGUCUUGCACGAAAUAAAAUUGUCUAUCUUAUGUUCUUUCAAAUUAACAUUGGAGUGGAAGGACAAAAUCUUCUUUUCUUUUACUUUAGAUGUUCUACACCCCAUACAAUUCCCACAAAAAUUAAAACCUUUUAAUAAAGCCUUCUGGCUAUUUAAAAAAUUAUUAUCGUUUUUUUCAAUAAAACUAGAAGUUAAAAUCUGUUUAAGAUUCUGAGCCCCCCUAUAUAUAAUUUUAGAUUUAUCCCCUAUAUAAGGUGCAAUAUCAUCGUCCUGUUUAAGUAAGUGCCAAUUUUUAUUAAAAAUAUGUUUCAAUUUUGAAUUAUUUUUAUUAAAAUUAAAUAUUAGUGGAAUCGUAUCUUCAUGCUUAUUAUCCUUCUUUUGCUGAUACUUUAACAGAUCUUCUCUAUUUAAUUCUCCAAUUUCUUGAAUUGUGUUUUCAAGGACUACUUUCUCAUAACCUUUUUCUAAAAAUUAUCCUUUCAAUGCAGAGGCCUGUAGAUCAUAUUUUUCUAUUUCUGAACAGUUCCUUCUUAAUCUAAGGAACUGACCUCUCGGAAUGUUAUCCAACCAAGGUGGAAAAUGACAGCUUCCUUUUUCAAUGAAGCUGUUCACAUCCACCUGUUUAAAAAAGGUACAUGUCUCAAUUUUUUAUUUUUUUACAUAAAUAUUCAGAUCUAGAAAAUCAAUCGUUUGCCGAUCAACUACAUGAGUUAAUUUAAUAUUCCACUGAUUCAUAUUGAGGUAGGUUAAAAAAUCUAAAACUGAUGAUUCGUCACCUUUCCAAAUAAAGAAAAUAUCAUCAAUGUAUCUUCUAUGGAGGACCAGGUUCGCAACCCAGUCAUGUUGAGAGAAAACAAAUCGUUCCUCCCAAUAAGCCACAAAUAAAUUAGCAUAACUGGGAGCGAACCUGGUCCCCAUAGCUGUAUUGUAUGGGGUGUAGAACAUCUAAAGUAAAAGAAAAGAACAUUUUGUCCUUCCACUCCAAUGGUAAUUUGAAAGAACAUAAGAUAUAUGUGUUACAAUGUCCCUGUGGUCUACAAUAUGUAGGCAAAACAUCUAGAUGUGUGGCCACGAGGGUGCAGGAACACAUAUAUAACAUUAGGAAAGGAUUUAAAACUCAUAGUGUUUCCCUACAUUUUUUAGAACACCAUAACCAGGAUUCAAGUGGAAUUACAUUUUAUGGAAUUCAAACAGUUACAAAACAUUGGAGAGGGGGUGACAUCAAUUCAAAUUUAAGUAAAUGUGAAAUGGGUUGGAUUUUUAAUUUGGAUACAUUAUCACCCAAAGGACUCAAUAUGGAGUUUGAGAUGAGUGUACUUAUUUAAUAGUUUUAUUGCUUAAAAUGUCUUAUAUAUAUAUAUCUUUUAUUGAUAUAUGACUAAUUAUUUAUAUGUUUUUUAUUGCACUGUUUUUACAGGUAUUAGGUUGAUUAUGUGGUCUCUCCCUUUAAAUUGCCUUCUCUUCUUCUUUUUCUUCUCUCCUUUUUUAUAAAUAUAUUUAUGUCACUAAUUGUAUUUUUAUAUUCAUUAUAAAUAUAUUUAUGACAUUAGUUUAGUUAUACAAUUGUAUUUUUAUAACCAUUAUUGAUAUAAGUUUUUAAGGGAUGAGAGGAACUUUUAUUAUGUUGUAAACCAAAGAAAAUACAUUGCCAGGAUGGUCCCAUGUAAAGUAUAUAAUACAAGACUGUUUUAAUAUGGCCCCGAUAGCUUCAAUGACCUAAUACGAACCACUUCCGGUUCGGCGAAAAACGUCUGACAUCAGACGCAACGUGACGCAAAAGAGGGAGGAAACACGGAAGUCGUCCAGCGGAACCAGGAAGUAGGAGGACACGAUCAUAAUGGAGAUUUUUUUGGCGCCAAAUUCAAACAGG